AUGACCGGUAGCGCCCUCAUCCCUUUCGGCCUAAACUGGUAUCAGGCUUUCAUCUCCAUCAUCAUCGGCAACGUCAUUGCCACUGUAGCUGUCAUACUCAACUCUCUGCCAGGCAGCUACUACCAUGUUGGUUUCCCUGUCUUCAGUCGAGUCGUCUGGGGCAUGUGGGGGUCUCAAUUCACUAUUUGGAACCGCAUCUUUCUCUCUCUUGUCUGGUCAGAAAUCCUCAACAUGUACGGAUUCACGGCGUGGGUGGGCGGCCAGUGCCUCCACGUUAUGUUGCUUUCUUGGGACCCCAAGCUGGAGGAGCAUAUUCCCAACACGAUCCCCGACGGCACCGGCAUGACAACUGCCCAGUUCGUAUCGUACAUUAUCUUCUCCGUCAUCAGUCUGCCGUUGCUCUAUAUCCGGCCCCAUAAGCUGCAGAAGUUCUUUUACGUCGCGUGUACCGUCACCCUAGUCUUCUUCAUCGUCAUCCUCAUCUGGUCCCUAGCGACUAUGGGACCUUCUGGGUUUGGCGAUACCCUCUCGAACGAAAGCACCCUCCCCGCCACAGGUGGCCCGAUGAGCGUCGCAUGGCUCAUGAUCUAUGGCAUCGUGUCGACAGUCGGCUCCAUCGCCGCUGGCAUUCUCAACCAGAGUGACUACUCUCGCUUCUCCAAACAGCCCCGCCAUGCAUUUUGGGGUCAGACCGUAUCUUUCCCGCUUUAUGGUAUCUUCGGUUCCCUCAUCGGUAUCCUGGUCACGGCGGCGACGCAGGAUCGCUUCGGUGGCGAAGCCAUUUGGAGUCCCCCGACCCUCUUCGCUCGCCUCAUUCAAGACAACCCCGAUCACGCAGGCACCCGCGCCGCCGCCUUCUUCGCCGGGCUCAGUCUCGUCGUCGCACAACUCGGUGUCAACGUCUGCGGCAACGGCAUCGCCGGCGGCUUCGACCUCGCCGCCAUCUUCCCCAAGUACAUCAACAUCCGACGUGGUGCUUACAUUACCGCACUGCUUAGCAGCGUCGUCAACCCCUGGCGUCUCGUCAACACGGCGACCAUUUUCCUUGUCGUGCUUUCGAGCUACAGCGUCUUCCUCGCACCGAUGACGGGUCUUAUGGUCGCGAGCUACAUGUUUGUUAAUAAGAGGAAGUUGAGCAUCGACGACAUGUACAGUGGUGGCAAGGAGAGCAUCUACUGGUACACCGCCGGUCUGAACUGGCGGGCCCCCGUCGCGUGGCUCAUCGGUGUCAUCCCCUGCAUGCCGGGCUUCAUUGCCGCCGUCACCCCCAAUGUAACAGUCACAGAUGGCGCGACGGAGCUCUACUACAUGUCGUAUGUCUACGGCUUCUUGUCCGCUGGCACCGUGUACAUUUUGUUGCACCGCUUCUUCCCUGCGAAGGCUGUUGAUGCCUUUGUCAGCGAGAGUCCCUCGCCCAAGGAACUGCGGGAAGCGACAUAUGGGCAUUGGGAUGUUACUUUGGCGGAAACAUACGAUCAUCUGGAGGCGACGAGACUGGGAGGCGAGAAACCUGCCAAGAAGAUCUCAGCGACCCCGGUAACAAAGGUCUGA